CAACAUAGGGACUAAAACCCGUGACAACAUGCUGCUAUUAGGUAAUUGCAAUAACAGGCCGCUCGUAAAGCAACGUGCCAGUUUCACUGCACUAAAUUGCGAUGCCUAGGGCGCACACAACUUGUUGGCGUUCGAGAUUUAUUUCCUGGGCAACGUUUCUGACUCUCUGCACCUCGAUUGCCGAAGGGAGACCAAGCCCACGCGUUUUUGUAAAACUAUUGCUUCCAGUUGCAAUUGGCAAUGAGGUGGCAGUGAAUGCAGGGCAAAACGUGAUUAUGACUUGUGCUGGUGUUCAUCAUGUUUUGGGAAAACAAUUGCACUGGUGGAAGUGCCGAGUCGAUGGUGACUGUGAACUUGUGCAUACCGGGAAGCAUCUUGUGUUUCCAGCGGUGACGCCAUCCAAUGAUGGUGACUACGUUUGCGGUGAUGGCCAAAUCCGAUCAGAGCCUAUGAAACUUAUUGUAAAUACAAAUACACAGAGGCCACAAUCGCAAGGAUCUCCACAUAGUCAUCAUGCAAAAACUCGGGUUCUUCCAACCACGUGGCAAAGUCGCACUUUUCGUUCGACUUUGUUCCGAAUUCCUACCUUGCCUAUAUCAGUCGAACGAUUAUCAACUGACAGUACCCUAUGGGGUACUCAACAGCAAUCAGUCUCUGAUGAGCAAUCAGAUGAUACGAUGUUGCUUCUGAUUUCGACUGUGGCUGUAACAGUAGUCGUGCUAGUUUUCCUGUUGGGUGUGUUAAUGUUCGUUGUGAUCUGCCGUGUUUGGUGUACUAAUCUCAAAGCCUUCAAAUUGAAAUCCAUUAAUUCGUGGACAGAAUGAGAAAUCAAAGAUUGAGAGAAUUGCUCGUUUAGUAUAGAGACAGAUAUCACAGUUUAGUAUGUCUAAUAGAAAUACUGAAAUUAUGUGUAAUGUAUGUGACAUCAAGUCAACACAAUUUAGUAAUGACUUUAUGUAGAUAUGGUAUGUGUGAUGGAAAUGCAAAUGUGUAAAUGACUUGC